AUGACUUCUCUUGAUAAAUCCUUUCUUGAUACCUCUGUCUGGAAAAAAGACAUUUUCAAAGGCAAAGUCGCAUUCAUUACUGGUGGUGCAGGCACCAUUGGCCGUGUCCAGUCCCAGGCCCUUGUUCUUCUAGGCGCCGAUAUCGCCAUCAUAGGUCGCAGAGUCGAAGUCACCGAAAAGGCAGCUCAAGAAAUUGCACAGCUUCGUCCUGGUGCAAAAGUCCUGGGUAUUGGUGGUGUUGAUGUACGUGAUGUGAGUUUGCUUAAAAAGGCUGUCGAACGUACUUUGCGUGAACUCGGCCGUAUCGAUUUUGUCAUUGCCGGUGCUGCUGGGAAUUUCCUGGCACCAUUUGCUGGUCUUUCAACAAACGCAUUUAAAACUGUAGUCGACAUUGAUUUGGUUGGCUCCUAUAAUACCGCUAAAGCCACUUUUGAAGCCGUCCGAAAGACCAAGGGCGUGUAUCUCUUUAUUUCAGCAGGACUUCACUAUGCUGGAACUCCAAUGCAAUCACAUGCCUGUGCGGCCAAAGCUGGCGUCGACGCUCUUUCAAAUAACAUGGCAAUCGAGCUGGGACCUCUUGGGAUCCGGUCUAAUACCAUUUGCCCAGGCGCUAUUGAAGGUACUGAAGGCAUGGAUCGUUUGGUCCCCAAAGAAGAGCUUAAAGAAAUGGUGUCCAAGAUUCCUUUAGGAGCCAUGGGCAAACCCCAGGAUAUUGCAGAAGGCACAGUAUUUUUGCUUUCUGAUGCCGCAAAGUAUAUUUCUGGAACAACCCUUGUUGUUGAUGCUUCGCAAUGGCGCAUGGGAAACUUUGCUGCUAUCAACUCUUACCCGCAAGUCUUGUCAAACUUGAAUGGUGGAAAAAACAAAAUUUAG